AUGCUUUUUUGCAGCAGGACUGAAAGUGAAGUGUUCGAGAAAUCUGGUCAGCGCCACCUGGCAUCUGUGACCAACGCUUCUUCGACCACGUCCAUUAGCCGCAGCAAAAACCGCUCUUCCGCACGUCGUUUAGAUGAAAACACUUCGACGUGGCGCGAAGUCAAACGACAGCCUCACAAAAUCUUGGUUGCUGCCCAAGCGAUCGCUCGAGUCAUCGGACGCGGUGGCCAGAAUAUCAACGCCAUUCGUGAAUCUAGCGGAGCUCAUAUUGAAGUCGAGAAACAGCAGAAAGGUCAGACAGAUCGCCUGAUUACCAUAAGAGGUUCCUUGGACGCAAUCAAGCAAGCCGUGCUGAUGAUAAAUGGACUGAUCAACGAACCUGAUGCGCUCGUGCGGGACAUCAUAAUAAAAGUGAAGUCGAAGGACCGUCGGGCUCUAGAGGCGUAUGCACAGUCGCGUUCAGCCACGCAGUGUGGUACGUCGCACCUUAAGCUCCUCAGUUCUGCCAAGACGGACAAGUCUAGCUCGUUUCCUGAAAUCAGCUUGUGGGUACCAAAUUCCAGCUCUGUCGGCGUCCACGGUGUUUGCGGUGCGGAUAGUUCCAAAGGUUCGGCCAGAUCCACCCCAAGUGCUGGAGGGUGUUUAUCUUCCAUCGAGAACGAUGCUGUAUCAAGUAUCAAGUACCAGUACUCACAGGCGACUGAGAAGUCAUCCGUGAACACUAUGGCAUCAGCAGGCGACAGCGUUGCCGAAUAUUCUCCGUUCGCAACGCCUAAUGUAUGGGCACAGAAGGCAGCGGCUCAACAGCAGCAGCAGAAAAUGAAUUUCGCCAGCGUUGCUGCCGCAGGCCUCAACAGCAUCGCGACGGCGGUGAUGUCUGAGGAGCACAGUAAGGUCCCGAUCUACCGACCAGGUAUGCUUUCUACAACGAAUGCAGCUGCUGCUUCCAAUACGACCACUUCUGCUGACUCUUCAUCGAGUAUGAAGAAGGAUUCAGAUCUGGAACCGUCAAAGUGGUACGGUUUUCGUUCCGACGGCGUCUCUCCGUUUACUUGCAUGGCCUGUCCUCCACACUCGAUUCCACAAACCGACGGUGACUCGCAGCGAUUGAACCAAUCAAGGAAGUCAACGACUCCUUCGUCAUUUGAUAUCGACAACUUCGAUUCAGAAAACAACGGGCGCCAUUCGGCAGGCGCUAGCGCCGAUUACUUUCCACCCGUCAGCGUUCCAAGACCGGCUUCAGCAACAGCAGCCAUCAACACGUCAUCUGAGAUGAGCUGUCUUCAAGAACCACCUCCCGGCUUAAGCGGCGAAAACGUCGAUUCGGCAAUGCUACGAGGCGGUUUGCCCUUUCCGACUCCAAUCGGCGGCGAACGAAAAAUCAAAGGGCCAAUCGGAUGCAGCUCUGGCGUUGCCAACAUGUUUACUUCCAGUGAAAAGUGGGGCACGCCUGCAAGUUUUGAAAACGGUUACAACGACAUAGAGAAGAACGAUUGGUCAACUAGCCUUAGUGGUCUGUCGGCAGAUCUGGCACACCUACAGUCUGCCGCCAUAAGCCAUGGAAUCGCUGCGGCCCAUGCCGCAGCUGAAUUCGAAAUGAUGGGCAGCGGAUCGAGCAAGUUCGAGCCGGACGUGUUUCAGCAAGCGGUCAUGCUAGCGUCUGUAAUGAAUCCGCAGUCGUCAACGACCGGGUCGUUUGUCCCUUCUGGCGGCCAUAUGAUCACUCCUCAGCACAUGGGUUUCAUGACCCCUGCGCAGUUCGCUGCAAGCGCUCCUGGCCCCCCGCCGGAAUGUUUGCAGCCGCCUCCUCUUCAUCGAGGUGGUGUCGGUAUGCCGUUCAUCCCUCAUCACUCGUUCCCGUUGCAGUCGUUGAUGCACAGCGCCCUGAUCGAUGCUUGGGAUCAGCAGCAGGGCGUGCGAACCCCUAAUCCAGCGCAAAACUAUGAUUGGAAGAUGAUGAACGGCAGCGGAGCACCAACGACGCCUUUGAACGAACAGGGCCAGAUGCCACCACAUUCACACCUGAGUUGGGACGGCUACAGUCCGAUGGCGCUAUGA